AUGGCUAGCGUAAUAAGUGAUCGGCGUGUUAAGGAUAAGGAGGAUCAACAGAGCAUGAAGGAGAGUCAUGAAAUUGGCACUUCACCGGGCACUGGCGAUCUUGAAAUUCUGAACACUAAGCAAAGUGCAAUUGGGAAGAAGCACCUUCACGGAAAACAGAUGCUGCCAUUCUAUUUGCUCAACAAGCAUUUCCAGGAAAAGCAGAUGUUUCCACCUGAAUUGGACAAGAAGCACCUUCACGGAAAACAGAUGCUGCCAUUCUAUUUGCUCAACAAGCAUUUCCAGGAAAAGCAGAUGUUUCCACUAGAAUUGGAAAAUGAUGACUACUACAUUGACGACAACUAUGACGACGACUACCAUGGCGCAAUGUUUCCUUCUCAGUUGGACAAGAAGUAUUUCAACGGAAAGCAGACAUUUACAUUCCCAUUUAAGGAGAAGCACCUCCACUAA